UUACUUUUUUUCCUCUAGAAUAUAAAAUACAUAUAUGGCUGUUUUGUCACAGGGUCAGCUGCAAAGACUUAAAGAGCAUAAAUAUGCUGCUGAAGGAAGAUCUCUCACAGAAUUUAUUUUUCAACCUUUUUGGAAUUGGGUUGUCACAUUAAUGCCAUUGUGGGUGGCACCAAAUUUAAUAACAAUCAGUGGUUUAAUUAUUAAUGUCUUUACCUGCUCCAUGGUUUUGUUGUAUUCACCACAAGCAAAGUCCAAUGAUGUUCCAAGUUACAUGUUUAUAUUGUGUGCUGUGGGAUUGUUUUUAUAUCAAACCCUUGAUGCCAUUGAUGGUAAGCAAGCCCGUCGUACUGGCACAUCUUCACCAAUGGGAGAGUUAUUUGACCAUGGAUGUGAUGCUGUAUCAACAAUUUUCUUAACAACUUCAGUAGCAUGUGCUUUAUCAUUGGGUUCACAUCCCAACACAUUAUUCUUUUUCUUUGUGAAUAACGUAGCUCUCUUUUAUCUGGCUCACUGGCAAACAUAUUGCUCCGGAAAACUAAUAUUUGGAGUGUUGGAUGUUACAGAAGCACAAGUUGAAGCCUCUAUAGGAUAUGUCAUUGCUGGUUUAUUCGGUCCUCAACUUUUUUUAAAUAAGAUACCCUUUCUUUAUAACAUUUCUUACGCAAAAGGAAUUGUAAUAUUGAUUGGAAUUGGAUCUUUGUGGUAUUGUUCACAAGCCUUCACUAAAAUAUUUAAAGGUGGUUGUGGAAAGAAUGGCACCACAGUUGCGCAAACCAGCGUACUGUCACCAGUUGUACCAUUCGGUAUUAUUGUAGCCAGUACUUUUUAUGUGUUCAAACACAGUGCAGACAAUAUAUUUGUAGAGUGCCCAUGUUUGUUUAUGUUGAUGUUUGGGACAUGCACAGCGAAGUUAACAUGUAACCUGGUGGUGGCUUCAAUGUCAAAAAGUCCUGUUGAUAUGCUGGAUUACUGCAUGAUUGGUCCGCUUUUACUUGCAACAUAUAAUUACUUUGGUGUUCAAGGAAUAUUAGCCAUGGUUGGAAUUUCUUUACCUGAGUAUUAUGUUUUACUCGCCACUUUGGUUUUUAGUGUACUGCUUUUUAUUCGAUACAGUGUUUGCAUAUGUCAGGAGAUCAGCAAAGAUUUUGGAAUUGAUGUAUUUAAAAUUCCUUACAAGAAGAGUGGGAAGAAAGCAGAAUAAUUUUUUUUGAUGCAUAAUACAAUAAUUUUUAUCUUAUUAUGAUUUUUAGUUUUUGUCUGGAUUUUUCAUAGUAUGGUAUUUCGUCUUGUUUUCUGUGGUUAUGUUUGCUUAAAAGUAACAAUCUGUUUGCUAUAGGAAACAAUUUCUAACUCGUACAUGUGGCUUUCAAUAACUUUAUAGUGUAAACAUUGGCACAACGUUUUUGCUAAAAUAAUUUCUUAUACAAAUCGCUUGCAGUGAAUUAUUUUAUCUUUUUUACAAUAACAUUUGUACUUUCCGUUUUUGUGUGUGGCUUGAUAUUUUAUUAAAACUUAAUACUAUGGUUAUGUUAAUCCGAUUUAUUGGUAAUAUUGACCUGAUCUGGAUUGUUGUCAAACGUAUUGUUGUUUUAUGAUUGAUACCGUUUAGGUAUAUAUUUUAGCCUUUUUCGCUGAUUAAUCGUUUGUAUAUAUAUCAUUAUAACCACGUCAGUUAUUUUUUCUUCUUAUGAAAAAAAUUGCAUUUAAGUUGUUUGCAGAGUUGUUUGAAAUGUUUGUUAAAUGUCAAUCGAAUAGCCUUCUGUUCUUUUUUGAUUUGCUUGUUUAACCUUUUAUCGUAAUAUAUAUAAUCCUUUAGAAAAUUUUUAAGUUAUGUAUUUAUACCCAUGAGUGUAGCAAGAAUGUAUUGCAUGACUUUGUGUUAUGAGAAAGAAAGUGAACGAAAAAUCGAGAUGUUA